AGAGGGAGACAGAGAGAGAGAGAAUGUGUGGUGAAAGGGUGGUGCUUCCUUGCUUGUUUUCUGGGCCUUUGUAAAACCAUGGGAUGUAUCGGCUCCAAGACUCUCAUCGCAGAUGGAGUCCCGGUACGGAAGGAUGGGGAGCAGCAUGGACGUACAGACUUUUCAUGGGAAGGAAUCAAUCUCUCUAUGGAAGAUACCACCUCCAUCCUCCCACGCCUGAAACGAAACUCCAACUCCAACACGUAUGGGAUUGGUGCUCUGGCUAAGUCCUCUCUGUCAGGUGUGUCAGGUGUGUCACGGUCCAUGAAGGACAAAGUGACCAAGCCAACGGCAAUGGCCCAGGGUCGUGUGGCUCACAUGAUUGAAUGGCAGAGUUGGGGCAAACCAUCUGCCGGGCCAGAGGGAGGUGCAGGCCGUGCCAACCUCAACCGCGAGAGGGAGAGACGUCUAGAAAAUGAUGCCUACAGUGACUUAAGUGACGGAGAGAAGGAGGCACGCUUUGCAGCUGGAGUGAUGCAGCAGUUUGCUAUCUCAGAAGCAACCCUGAUGGGCUGGAACUCUAUGGAGGGCGACAGUCUAUGUGCAGGGUCCAACCAAGGCAGCGUGGCUCACCUCAGUGAUGCCAAUCAAGAGAGCAUCACCAGCAGAGAUCAAAUAUUACACCAGUCUGCAGCAGAGGUGUGGCCUCACACAUAUGUGUCUCAGGGCCUCUACUGUCUGUCUUCGUCCGAUGCCUGGGAGCCAAUCACAGACGAGCCUGUCGGGGUGAACUCCCCCAGCGCCGGGUCUUAUGUCAUGAUGGGCGGGACUCCCUGUGAAGGCUACGAGGGAAGCGCAACACAGUAUUUAUCCCAGCAACAGCAGCUUAACCUGCAACAGACUCAGCUACAACACCUUCAGCAGCUACAGCAAUACCAGCAGCAGCAGCUUCUACAGUAUCAACAACAGUCACUGGACCACAGGUUCCAGCGAGCGACUCGCUCCCUGCAAGCCACGCCGAACAGCACCAUCCACAGCCUGGGCCCCCCUACUCACCCGCGCUUAGCUGACCUGUGGGGGGCGGGGCCGACCGAGGCUUAUCAGCUGGAUGCUGGUGGAUAUAUCGGCAUGUCAGCAGUAGAAGGGGAAGUGAUGGUGACCAACGGUGUAGAAGCUGGAACAGAGAGCGAAUGUCUGCUACAGAAACAGGAAGAGGAGGAGACCCAGGAAGAGGGAAUUGCAACAUAUACAGACCCUGAGUCUGUUAUUCUGACCCCACCUUUGCCAAGUGAAGAGAUUCCCCUUACUGAGGACAGCAGUCCAGGGCAAGCACCAGAGUCAAUCAAAGAGUGCAAGACCUUUGAUGUCACUUCCUGUGUUGUACAAUCCUUAGAGGAGAAGAAUGAAGAGGCUGAAGUUCAGACAGUUGCUGUGGCAACCAACUGAGGUGAAAGUUAACGCUAGAGACUAACAGACACAGCAACUGACUGAUGAAAAUAACUUAUGAAAUAAUAAUCAAGCCGAUCAAGGUAUUCUAUUGCUUUCCAGGUAUUUAUUCUCUGUGUGACUGAUCAAAUUGUAAAGACAUUUUAUGAGACGGAAAAGAUGGACUAAAAACAGUAAUAAAUGACUGAUGUCUCUGAAUAUCCUGGACUAUGCAGAGGCAUACAGUGGCCUGGAAGAAGAAAGAAGGAGGAAGGAAUGAAUAAUACCAGCGGCACAAAAGAGGUAUGACAGCGUGGAAUAGCGAAUGCCAAAAGUAAGUCAUAAUGUGCAUGCAUAAGACUGUCAUCUUUAUAAAUAUAAUUAUGACAAAUUAUAAUAUAUAUUUAUCAUUUUAAUAAACCAAAAUGUGAUAUGUACAUGUAUCAAUUGUCAGAAAAUACAGUGCUCUCCAUCAUUUUUUGGACAAAGACCCAUCAUCACAUGCUUAAAAUGUACAUUGUCAGAUUUUAAUAAAAUGCCUUUUUAUACA